UUAUGUGUUCGCGCACAAGCCUGCUGUGUGUUGUAUAAGUGUUCUACACAAGGUUAGCUAGCCAUGAAGGGUGGUGUCGUCGUGCUUCUGGGCCUUGUGGUCAUCGGCGCUGUCGUUACCCGCGCAAGGGCGGCAGGGCUGCCGGUAGUGCCGGCGAUGUUCGUGCUGGGAGCCUCGACGCUGGAUGUGGGCAACAACAACCACCUGCCGGGGAAGGACGUGCCCAGGGCUGACCACCCCUUCUACGGCAUCGACUUCCCCGGCGGCGCCCGGGCCACGGGGAGGUUCAGCAACGGCUACAACAUCGCCGACUUCGUCGCGAGGCAGCUAGGGUUCGAGAGGAGCCCUCUUGCCUAUCUUGAGCUGAAAUCACGCAACUACCUCAUCCCCAGCGCUCUAAAGAGGGGUGUGAGCUACGCUUCCGCCGGUGCUGGGAUCCUCGACUCCACUAACGUUGGAAAGAACAUCCCAUUGUCGACGCAGGUGCGCUACUUCGCGUCCACCAAGGCCGAGAUGGAGACUGCAUGGGGCAGACACGAGGUCUCCAAGCUCCUUGCUAGCUCCUUCUUCCUCCUCAGCAUCGGCAACAAUGACCUCCUACAGUCGACACCAAAGUCUCAUGCUGAUGUCGUCGCACUCUACACCAUCCUCGUCUCGAACUACUCGGCCGCCAUUACGGACCUCUACGGGAUGGGUGCGAGAAAGUUCGGGAUCAUCAGCGCUGGUCCGGUGGGUUGUUUUCCGCGGGUGCGCUUGCUGAGUACGACAGUGGCAUGCCACGAUGGCCUGAACCGCCUCGCUUUAGGGCUUGCCGCCGCAUUCAAGUCAGGUCUCACCGCCGCCCUCGCCCCGAACAGGCUGCCCGGCCUCAAGUACUCCCUCGCCGACUCCUUCGCUAGCUCACGGGCCAUCUUCGACAACCCCCACGCGAGCGGGUUUCAGAAUGGUGAUAGUGCCUGCUGCGGCAGUGGUAGGCUGGGCGCAGAGGGUGACUGCAACAGAAAUGCGACGUUGUGCAGCGACCGCGAUGCCUACGCUUUCUGGGACUACGUGCACCCCAGCCAGCGGGCCGCCGAGUUGGGUGCCCAGGCACUCUUCGAUGAUGGCCCGACGCAAAUCACCGCACCCAUCAGCUUCAGACAGCUGGCCUACCAGAAAUGAUAGAUUAAUUCCCGAUAACGAUUUGGAAUCUACUGUCGUGAGUUUGAUUGAUUCUAAUUUGGUUGGAAAUCGUAGUCAUUCAUCUAUCCUCUCAUUAUAGUAUAUCGUUCUCUUGAGGCAGGUCAUUAUCAGAUAUCUUUACACGGGUCUGGGACACUUCAAGUAAUGCACAUUCUGGGCGUGUUCCUUCUUCGUUUAUGCACACCCCAGUUGUCUCUCAGAAAAAGAGAUGUAGAAGAAUAAAGCUUUUUAUUUUGACAUGCGGAAAGAUAUAACUGAGAUACUCUGUUAGGAUUGUGGGUCUAGCAUGUUGGAAAAACUUAGCUAUGAACUUCUUAUAUUUAUGGUUGUGAACUUACAUAAAUAGAUAUGUAUUCGGCCAUGUUUCAAUGUUUCUAUUGUAGUACAGAU